AAUUAUUUUAUGAAUCAACCUGAGAAGAGUAGUUUUAGUAUACUCAAUAAUUUCAAAUUUAAUUUUAAUUACAAUUUCAUGAAAUCGAGAUAUUAUUCGUGAAAGAACAUUUAUAGGUAAUCACACAUUUAUUUUAAAAAUUAUAAUUAAGUUUAGAAUAAUUAUAUUUACUAUUUCUGAAUUAUUUUUUUUUUUUAUUUCUUUCUUCUGAACUUUUUUCCAUCGAUCUACUUGCCCUUCAGUUGAAAUUAAUAUAAUGUGACAACCAAAAAUAAUUAAAGUAUUUAUUAUAUAAAUAAUUAAAGUACUAAAGUAUUAAAGUAUAAAGUAUAAAGUAUUUAUUAUAUAAAUAAUUUAACAAGUAUAAAGUAUUAAAGUAGUAAAGUAUAAAGUAUUUAUUAUAUAAAUAAUUAAAGUAUAAAAUAUAAAGUAGCAAAAGUAGUAAAGUAUAAAGUAUUUAUUAUAUAAAUAAUUAAAGUAUUAAAGUAGUAAAGUAUAAAGUAUUUAUCAUAUAAAUAAUUAAAGUAUUAAAGUAUUAAAGUAUAAAGUAUAAAUAAUUAAAGUAUUAAAGUAUUUAACUAUAAUGAAAUUCCACUAUUAAAUACUUUCGCUUUAAUUACUUCAGGAUUUUGUUAUUACCUUAAGUCAUCUACAUUUAAUUAAGAGUAACUUUUACAAAAGAGUGACAAUAUUAUUAUUCACAAUUAUCAAAGGUUACAUUUUUCCCUAAUUCAAAUGAUUGAGUAUGAUAAUUCAUAUUUUUUGUCUUCACGAUAGAAUUUAUACAUCAAUAUUUUUUUUCCUUUUAUCUUUUAUACAGAAUUUCAUGGAAUCGAUGUAUUAAUUGGUAACAGUAAUGCUAACAGUUUCAUUAAUUCGAAUAUAUGA